CCAGCAUAUUCGAGAGCGGAUACGGUUGAGAAGCUGCACCUUGCCCGUGAUGGAGUCUUCACAUCACCUUCCGCAAGACGAUGAUGUCUUGUCCUCAAGUUUCUCAGUCCUUCAGACUUCUACUCCAACAACACCGCAAUGUCUAGACUCGCUAUCACCAACCUCCUCGGCGCUAGUGUGUUGAAGUACGAUCGGUAUGCAAGCUGUGCUGCCGCACUUCAAGACAGCCUCAUACGGACCAUGGAGUACUUGAUUUUUCAGGCAUUCGCUCACGAGAUCACCACAGGCCUGUUCAAAGCUAUAGUUGACAAUCAGCUUUUCGCGAUGGGCGUAUUCGACGGAUUCAUGCUGCUUGCCGCGCCCCUGACUGCACUCUGCGCCGAGAUUGGCAAUCAAUGCAAGAGGACGGCUGGAGACUCCCAGAUCUACACUUGGCAGAAGGGCUUGUACAGUUUCCUCUUGAAACCCACCCUCUCCCGCCAUGCGAGUAACAUGUUGAGAUCUCUGACGGAGAAGCAGAGCUCCAGAUACAUGGAUGGGAGAUGGAUCAAGGUUCACGUGUUGCCUUUACAAUGGAAAUUCGGCUAG